AUGCAGGUACCCAUUGGCCUGGCUUGUUGUGCCCUCUUCACACAAUCUCUUGCCCUACCAUCGAGUUACCAUGUCUUACAUGAGAAACGUUCGACUCCCACCCUGUAUAGCACUCAGCGGGUCGACGUCGAUUCAAUCAUUCCACUUCGCAUCGCUUUGAAGCAGAAUGACCUACACACCGGUUACGAUCGACUCAUGGAUAUCGCUCAUCCGACAUCACCAAACUAUGGCAAACAUCUUUCUGCCAACGAGGUUCGCGACAUGUUCGCACCAGCAGACAGUGCCAUCGAGGCCGUGAGGAGCUGGUUGCUGUCCGCAGGAAUCGAUAAGAACGAUAUCCUACCCUACCACAACAAGGGCUGGCUUGCUGUUAAUCUUCCGGCUAGCAAGGCUGAGCUGCUGCUACGGACCGAAUACUACGAGCAUGAUACCAACCAAGGGCUUAGGCUUGGUUGCGAGGAGUACUAUUUGCCGGGAUAUAUCUCUGAGCACGUCGAUCUGGUCAAACCUGGUGUUGUCCUGUCGGCACCAAUGAGGAAGUCGAGGUUCAAGCGGGAUGUCUCUGGCUUACAUCGACCUGGACCAGGUCAAGUGUCAGGUAGACCGGGCCGAGCAGGUAUAGUAUUCAAUCCCCAUCCUCACUGGGUCAUGCCGUCAGGCGCUCACGGCUUACCACCAGACCUUCAGAACUGUAGCGUCAACAUCACGCCAACAUGUAUCCAGGCUCUGUAUGGUAUUCCUAGGCUCAACUUCCACGAUCCAGUGAACAAGCUGGGUCUUUUCGAAACAGCAGAUACUUUUGCACAAGCCGAUAUCGACCUGGACUUCCAGAACGUCGCACCUUGGGUACCCACUGGCACUACACCAGAGGUGAAUCCAUUGAAUACUGGUGAAUCCGACGUAGACAUCGAAUUGGCUCAGUCUCUGAUCUACCCUCAAACCGUGGUAGUCUAUCAGAUCGAUGACCUUCCCAACGCUCUCGGCGAGACGGGUGCCACCGGCGUCGGAAACACCUUCAUUGAUUCGGUCGAUGGUAGCUAUUGCAAUUUUACCGCCUUUGGCAUCACUGGAGACAGUCCUGGUAUCGAUCCCGAAUACCCAAAUACGAACUUUACUGGAGGCUAUACCGGCCAAAGGAUGAAACUUGGCCUUCAAGGCCAUACUAUCGUCACCGCUAGUGGUGACUAUGGCGUCGCCGACAAUUUCAACAGGCUCAGUAUUGGAGCUGGAUGCCUGUCUGGAAGUGGUCUGAACGGCACUAUAUAUAACCCAGACUACCCUUCUGCAUGCCCAUACGUAACGUCAGUAGGCCAGACAAGACUUUACGACAAUCAGACUGUCCGAGAUCGCGAGAGCGCAGGCUCAGUCAACCUCACGGCUAUAGCUCUAGAGACCGGUUACAGCUCGACCAGCAAUCCAAGCCUCGACCUCUUUGGCAGUGGUGGAAGCUUCAGCAACUACUUCGCCAGACCAGGCUACCAGAUGGCCGCCGUCUCGAAGUAUCUUUCCGAAGAUUCACCAAGUGCGCCCUCGUAUGUAGCGAGUGCGGAUGCUAACAACCUUGGUGAAGGCGGUGGGCUGUACAAUCGCGCAGGCAGAGGGUCUCCCGAUGUUUCCGCCAACGGUGCCUUCCUCCUCGGCUAUACUAACUUGACCCAGCACUGGCAAUUCGGCACCAGUCUUGCAACACCCAUCUUCGCAUCGGUCAUCAAUUUGAUCAACGAAGAGCGUACCGCAGCUGGGAAGGGUCCAGUGGGAUUCGUCAAUUCAGUGUUGUAUCAGCACCCUGAGGUACUGAAUGAUGUUGUCAAUGGCUCAAACCCGGGAUGCGGCAGUGCUGGGUUCCAGACUGCAAGCGGAUGGGAUUCGGUCACAGGUUUAGGGACGCCCAACUACCCACGCAUGCGAGAUCUGUUCCUGAGCCUGCCGUAG